UGGUAUUCCAUGCAGAAGCCUCCCACGCCCCUGUCCGCCCACGCCAGGAUUUGCGUCACGCAGGCGCGUGGGAGUGAGCACUGUAGCAACCGCGGAAUAUCCCAAUUGCAAUAGCCGAGGAGGAGGGGGGUAGGGUAGCAAGCAGGCAGCUCACAUUCAUCUAGUCUAGAGACGUUCAACACAAUCUUAUUUCUAUUCAAGGAGGCGAAGGAGGGAAGGUAAACGUUGUCAUAGAACGCGAGGACUGUUUAGGCCAGAGAGCGCGCUUAUUAGGAAAUUAGAGAGCGUCUUUUGAAUCUAUCGAUUUUUGUCCAGUUUAUUCAGUUACAGUUUAUGGCAGUUCAGGCUAUACUGUAGUUGAUACAUUGAAACAACUAGAUAAAGGAAACGAACGUGGUCCAACGUUCACCAGGCAUGGCGGCGGCGUUGCCCAGAACUCUGGGGGAGCUGCAGCUCUACCGAAUCCUCCAGAGGGCCAACCUGCUGUACUACUACGAGGCCUUCAUCCAGCAGGGAGGAGAUGACGUGCAGCAGCUCUGUGAGGCCGGGGAGGAGGAGUUCCUAGAGAUUAUGGCUCUGGUGGGCAUGGCCAGCAAGCCCCUGCACGUCCGGAGGCUCCAGAAAUCCCUGCGAGACUGGGUCACCAAUCCAACGUUGUUUAAUCAGCCCCUGACAUCUGUACCGGUGUGUAGUAUACCAGUCUAUAAGUUACCCGAGGGGUCACCCACGCCGGGCGGCGCGGAGCGAGGGGGUAACAACAGCGCCCGUGGCGAGACCCAUGUCAAAGUGCCCAAAAUCAUGGCUGCGACAUGUCUGGAUCCAGGAAAGCUGGAUGUGGCCAGGGACAGAGUGUCAGGGGGGUCUCCGCUGCAGAGCGGCAGCGAGGGGCGCUUCUGGUCGGGUCACAGCAACGACAGCGAACAGAGCCUCUCUCCGUCCGACCGGGGGUCUCCGUCGUCCCCCCGCGAGGGCCUGGAGGCACUUGACGCUGCAGCUUUGCAGUCUGUCCUGGAGUGUGUGGACCGGAUGACCCCGGCCCUGGCCAAGAGCGACCCCGCGGAGGUCAAAGAGCAGCUGAAGACCAAUAAGAAACUUGCCAAGAUGAUUAGCCACAUCUUUGAUAUGAGUGAUGAUGAUCCAAGGAGAGAGGAGGAGGUCAGGAAGUAUAGCGCCAUCUACGGACGCUUCGACUCGAAGAGGAGAGACGGCAAACAACUGACGCUUCAUGAGCUGACAGUGAACGAAGCAGCAGCCCAGCUGUGUAUGCGAGACGCGGUGCUACUGACCCGUAGAGACGAGCUGUUUGGUCUGGCCAGGCAGAUCUCCAGAGAGGUCACCUACAAAUACACCUACAGGACCAGCAAAUCUCGCUGCGGCGACAGAGAUGAGCCGUCUCCUAAAAGAAUAAAAACAGAAGAGAACCUCUUUGACAUCCAGGAGGCUCUGCAGGCCAUCCACAUGAGACAGGGCAUACUGAGGGAACAGCUAGCCUGCGCCAAGUCCAAAGGAGAGGAGAUAGUUGGGAGAAACCUUCAGGUGCAGCUGGACCGUCUGUUAGCCAGACAGAUGGAGAUUCUCCAUGAUGCCGCGGUACAGGAGAGGUUACACGCUCUGGACUGGAGGAUACCUGCAGGGGCUUUGAAGUACCACAGCGAGGCUCCAGGCACCAACGGCACGUCGGUAGACAAAAGCACAGAGCACCAAGACGAGCGACCAAUGAACUUGCGGGUGGCAAGUAAGAGUGUGGCGGAGGGGGAGCUUCCCCUGGGGAAGCAGCUAGCCAAUGAGCUCAAACGUUACCAUAACAACCAUAACACAGAUGAGGCCAAAGCACCAGCAACAGAAAAUGGAUCCUCGCACCAAACGGCCAACCGCACUGACAGGAAGACCAUUAAAUCAGAACCAGAGGAUUCCACAUAGUGCCUCCCAUCCUUCGUCUGUUUCCCCAUCCGGUUUUAGUCUUCAGUCACUUUUUACAGUAAGCGUCUAUCUCAGUCAAAUCAAUGGAUACUAAAGCAAGCACAGCCACAGUAGAGCCUUAACAAACCAACGUUGCCUCAAAAAAAAAGCAUUUAUUUUCUUUCAUUUUGUCCUAAGGUUUUUUGCCAAAGCGUCAAGACUAGAGCAUAGAUUCAGUCACGGGGAGAACUGAACGGGGGAUGUCCUUUCACAGGAUAACUUUCAUGCUGUAUAGGCCUUUAUGUAUUUAUUGAUUGAUGUACAUGAUGUUAUUUAAGAAUGAUGGGUCGGGAUAGUAGCCUUGUACCACCAUCCUGAUCUCCUGAGCUUACAUUCUGUUUCGCUACAUGAAUUUGAAUGAAGUUAAGUGAAACAAGAGCGCAGCGGUCAGGAUGGUGGAUCGGGCUAUAUGAAAAGAAAUUGUAUUCUUUUUACCCCCAAAGCUAUUUUUGGCUUGUCGUGUUCGAUCGGUGGGUGACUGAUGUACUGUAAAAAAUACAGUAGGAUUCUGUUUUAACCAGAGGUGAAAAGAGAGAGCUAUCUGUAGAGGAGAAAUUAUAGUUUUGCUUCCUGCUAAUGUAUGUCAUGUAUGUAUUUAUGAGUGGUACUGUAAAUUAAUCUGAGGCAGCAGAAUAUUUUGUGUAUAGAACUCCAGUUAGAGUUCAGAUCAGUGUUACGGGAUAGGUUGGCCCGGGGACGGACUGGGAACAAAGAUCAGCCCUGGCGUUUUGUUACUUUGAGGCCCCCACACUGGCCCAUUUCUAUUAAGGCCCCCAUACCGGCCUAUUUCUUUCUCCCUUGAGGCCCCCAUUAUUAGCCAGAUCAUAAUAAUUGUGCACAAAUAAAACUGUUUAGACAGGCCCACUAGGGCAAGAAAUUGAGCAGCCCAUCUGGCAUUUGCCCGAAAUGGCCAGUCUGCCCCUGGAUUGUCUAGACAUGGAAUGGGGCCUACAGUAUGUCAAUCAAAUCGAGUUUCCUUGAUAAGUCUGUCAAACACAUGAUCCUGUACUGUAAGAACGCACAUUUGAACCUCAACACAACAUUAAUUGAGUUACCCAUUUUAUUGAGUAGGGCCCCUGGUCUGUUAUUAGGGCUGGGAAUUGGCAGGGACCUCACGAUACGAUAUCACGAUACCUAGGUGGCGAUUCGAUAUGUAUUGUGAUUUGAUACUGCAAUUCUAUUGCGAUUCAAUGUUCCAAACACAUUGCUCACCAUGUCUGCUGCAGAGGGUUGAGAGAGCCAUGAAAAAAGGUGUUUUGAUCAGUCAUGUGAAUAAAAGUCCCAAAAGGAUGUUGGCUCACCAUUUUAAAAGACUGAUAUCAAGCUAUAGAAGGAAAAAUACUGGAGUUUUUGCGCAUGUACAGCUAACAAGCACAAAAAUGAUAUUGCGUUAUUGGCCAAAAGAAUAUUGCGAUAUAUUGUCAAAAAAUAAUAUCCCGAUAUGUAACUGUACCGAUUUCUUCCCCUAUCACUAUCUGUUAUAUUGUUGCACUCCAGAAAGUUGUGUUUUAAUACAUAUGUCACUGUAAGACCAACAGGGCCAAUUCGGCCUGUAGUAUUACAAUAAUAUUUGCCUAAUCCCAAAAAGCAGGGUUUUGGUCAGUGUAGUGUUGGUGUUAAUCUCUAUACAGUGUUUAUGUGUGUAGAGCAAAAACCGAAUAACUGUUGUUAGAGAAAACAAGUGAAAGUGUCUGGUAUCAUAAGAUGUUCAUGUUACACAGCCUCGUAGUCUUAGAUCCUAGCAGUGUUUCACCGGUGACCACCAAUGUAUAAUUCAAGACGUUCGUAUGUUAGAAUUAGCUCUCAGAUGGUUGUUUAAUGUUGUGUUUCCAAAUGUGUAAAUCUGUCUUGCUCUAGAGUCUAGUCUUUUUCGGGGGCACCGCAGUCACAACAGUUUUGUAAUAACAGUCUCUCUAGCUCAAUAAGACUGCAACAAAUGCAAUACUUUUUGUAAGUGCUGUUUAAGUACUAAGUACAUACUUUCUAGGCCCACUGUCUGUUCUGUUCUGUUCUGUUCUGUGCUAGGUGACUUCCCCUGUCUUCUGUACUGGUUUGGUUUAAUCAGUGUCAUGUAAUGUUCACAGAUCAAUGCAUGUCCAGCAGUGUGAUAGACAGUCAAGAUGUUGAUAGUACAUUGAUUCAUGUUCUUAUCACUGUUAUAGUCACCGAGUUAGUCCAGGCUUGCCUACACAGUAGAUAUGCACCUGUUUUUUUUAAACACUAAUAUAUUUUAUUUGUUAUACAGCACAACAUUAUUAAACUUUAUUUUUUAUGGUG